AUGAUUGUACAGCUCCUCGCGGCUAUUGGGGUUGGAACACAAGCCCCGGCUCUAGUAGUAGGUGUACCAGUACCGAUGGAUCUUCCCUCCCAGCCAGCACCUGAGAUUCAGCCACCUCCACCAGUUAUUGCACACCCACCAGCAGUUCUGGACGGGAGCAUUUUGGUACCAAGCCAUGGCCUCUACCGGCCUGUUAGUAUGACAAGCUUCCAGCUCCUCGCGGCUAUUGGGGUUGGAACACAAGCCCCGGCUCUAGUAGUAGGUGUACCAGUACCGAUGGAUCUGCCCUCCCAGCCAGCACCUGAGAUUCAGCCACCUCCACCAGUUAUUGCACACCCACCAGCAGUUCUGGACGGUAUGAUGUCAUUACAGGAGUGA